CUUCCAGCCUGCCUUCCAGGCUUCUCCUUACCCCACCCCACCCCCACCUCAAUGGCUGUCUCACCCUGGGACAGGACGAGGAACCUGGUUGUUAGCUGACUUAGGUAUGAUUGUGAGAGGAGAGCAAGUCUUGGGGGGCAAAUGAUACAGGCUGUGACCUGGGGGAGAAGUUCGCGUAGUUGGGAGCCUCCUGGCUUGUGGCUGGGCUGGUGGAGGUGCUGGGAUCAGCUGAGCCUAGGGAUGGGUGUUGAAGAAUUUCUGUAGGAGAUAACUCGCUGGGACCCUAUGAGGAGGGGCUCUCUAGGCACAGGGCAUCUCAGACUAGGAAAUACGGGACUUCCAGCCUGGACAUCCAUCAGGGAAUCAGGUAAAGGAUACCGAAGUCCCAGCAGAGGACACUGUCCUGGGACCACUGGUCACAGCCAGUCAAGAUCCAGUUCUGCCGAAACCGAGAAGGUUAUGUAGUGGAACUCGGGCAGGGAGGGCCCAUUUGGGGACCUGCUAAUGGAGGUGGGCCAGGAAGCAAGGGCUUAGUUCCGGAAAUAAGGCAAAGUGGAGGUUCUUAAUAGUAGCAGGUGAUGGCAGGACUGGAUAAUUUGCUCAGUGGGUUUUGGGCCGCUUUCCCUUAGGUGCCUCCUAACCAAGUGCCCGAGACUUAGCUAGGGUGGAGCCUGGGAACGAUGCUCAGGUGUUCCCCGCCGGGGGGGGCGGGGCAACAGGCCAGGGGCGGGAGCCUGCAGCGAGCUUCGCAGUGCCGCCCGCUGGUCCUCAGUCCCUUUGCUUCUCUGCGUGCUCCGGAUCCACGGCUGGAAGGGCCUGACCGCCUCCUCGCUCUUCUGUUGGACCGCUGGUUCUGGACUCUAACUCCAGACAUUCCUCCAGUUACAAGUUGACACUGUGAACACCAACCCACCCACCGCCAUCAGAGGCAGACUUGGGCUAAAGGAAGAGUGGAAAUGUGCUUCUGGAGAAAGCUUUCUGUGUUCGGGGGGCCAUUGUUCCUUCUCCUCAGCCUGGUUCCCUUGACUGAGACGGAAAGACCCUCAACUCCAGACAGCAGCGGCACUUGGAGUCCAGGGCAACUGACGGAAGUUCUACAUGUUCUCUCGGCAGAAGAGCCCACGCCCCUGAACCACUCAAGAAGCCUCAUCAGAACGCUGCUAGAGAAAACCGGGUGCCCACGGAGGACAGACGGAAGGCAAGGAGAUUGCAAUCUGUGCUUCGAACCAGAUGCCCUGUUACUAAUAGCUGGAGGAGAUUUCGAGGAUCAGCUCAGAGAGGAAGUGGUCCAGAGAGUUUCUCUUCUCCUCCUCUAUUACAUCAUUCAUCAGGAAGAGAUCUGCUCUUCCAAGCUCAACAUGAGCAAUAAGGAGUAUACAUUUUACCUACACAGCCUUCUGAGCCUCAGGCAGGAUGAAGACUCCUAUUUCCUUUCACAGAAUGAGACGGAAGAUAUCCUGGCUUUCACCAGGCAGUACUUUGACACUUCCAGAAGCCAGUGUAUGGAAACCAAAGUGCUGCAGAAAAUAUCUGGUAUCUCAAGCAGUGAUGGUGCCGAUGAAAAUACACUUCCUCAGUUGGCGGAGACAAUCAUUGCUUUGUCCCUCCAAGGUGUUUGUCUGGGACAAAGAAACUUGCCGUCCCCAGACUAUUUUACAGAAUAUAUUUUCAGUUCCUUGAAUAGUACAAAUACGCUCCAUCUAUCAGAACUAGACCAACUCCUCAACACUCGCUGGACUAAAAAUACCUGUAUCAGAAAAGAUAGAAUCCAUCAACUUCAAAGGAAACAAAACAACCUAACAAUCCGUGAUUGGGCCUAUCCUAAUCUAUCUGUACCCGAGGACCCAGAAUCAGAUGACAGUCCAAUUUCCUGGGAUCAGACUUGCUUCUCUGCUGGACAAUUCGUGGAGAUAUUUCUACAGAACAAGCUUUCAGCCAUUUCUAAGGAGGACUUUAAGCAAAUGAGUCCGGGGAUCAUCCAGCAGUUGCUGAGCUGCUCUUGCCAGCGGCCCCAGGACCAACAAGCGAAGCUGGGACCCCCCACUCCGGAGAAAUAUGGCUACAGCACCAUGGCAGUGACGUUGCUCACGCUGGGCUCCAUGCUCGGGACGACCCUGACCCUUUUCCACUGCUGCGAGGAGAGCUAUCGGCUCAUUUUACAGCUGUUUGUGGGUCUGGCUGUUGGGACACUUUCUGGGGAUGCUCUGCUCCAUCUGAUUCCUCAGGUUCUUGGUUUACAUGAGCAGGAAGCCUCGGAGUCUGGACAUUUCCAUGAACACAGGGGCCACAUUUGGAAACUGUUGGGAUUAAUAGGAGGCAUCCAUGGAUUUUUCUUAAUAGAAAAAUGUUUUCUUCUUCUUGUAUCACCAAGUGCCGAGCAGGGCAUGUCACUGGUUAAUGGGCAUAUGGGACAUUCCAGCCAUCUUGCGUUCAACACUGAAUUAAGUGACCAGUCAGGCAGAGGCAAAUCUGCUUCAACUAUCCAGUUGAAAGGCCCGGAAGAUGCCCAGGCAGCUGAAAUUCCUAUAGGCAGUCUGAACGCCCCCAGCAGAAAAUGCAAAACCAUUAGCUUGUUAGCAAUAAUGAUCCUGGUUGGGGACAGCCUGCAUAAUUUUGCAGAUGGCCUAGUCAUAGGAGCAGCCUUCUCAUCUUCUUCCGAGUCAGGAGUGACCACAACAAUUGCUAUCUUGUGUCAUGAAAUUCCCCACGAAAUGGGAGACUUUGCUGUGCUCUUAAGCUCUGGACUUCCUAUUAAGAUUGCCAUCCUGAUGAAUUUUAUAAGUGCUUUAACUGCCUUCAUAGGACUGUAUAUUGGGCUCUCGGUAUCCGCGGAUCCAUGUAUUCAAAACUGGAUCUUAACAAUUACUGCUGGGAUGUUCUUAUAUUUAUCCUUGGUGGAAAUGCUUCCUGAAAUGACUCAUGUUCAAACACAGCGACCGUGGUUGAUGUUUCUCCUGCAGAACUUUGGACUGACCCUAGGUUGGCUUUCCCUCUUACUCUUGGCUAUAUAUGAACAAAAUAUUAAAAUAUAAGUUGAGUCUCAAAAUCCUUCAAAAAUCAAUUUCAAUGGCAUCAUUUUGUUUCUUUUGUUGUCUUCUACAGUGAUUUAUAAAUUAAAUAUUUUUAUCUUAGGUGAAGUGUGUCUUUUAGUUCAUUAACUUAUUGAUUUUUAUAAUGCAAUUUUGUUUCUAUAGUGUAUAAAUGUCAGGUUGUACUUAACUGAAUUUUUGUUGUUAGUUUCCAACACUGUGAUGGAACUCACACCUUUUUAGUAACUCAUACGCUCUAAAUUAAUUCUAGUAAACUUCCAAAAAAUAUUUUUUCCCUAGUAAAGGAUGUUUGUUUGUAGUAUUUGAAGUGGACAAACGUCUGUUGGGUUAAAAUCUGCUGUAACUUCUUUGAUGUCAAUAAUAUAUUUUUUGUGUGUAUGUGAGAUU